AUGCGUUUUUCAAGUUCCAAACGUUUCACGGCAACUCUGUCCGAAAAGACAGAUAUGUGCCAAUCGGAAGCGAUGCAACGUCCUCUAGAAUCACGUUCGAAAAAUUCCGGUGUGCGCGGUCCCGUUGACUUCUUCAUGGCCACUUCCACUUCCUCACAGUCAUCCCAGCAUGUCAAUAUGAGUAUGAAUUCCUUUCGGGUUUUUGUUCCUUCUCUUCAUGUUUAUGAUCCUCCUAGGCCUCUGGAAUGUCUCAUUGUAGCGCUUACUGGUAUUGAUAUGGCCGAAUCCCAGAAAAAAGAAUGA